GUACCCCAAGACUUUCACCGAGAACGCAAGGCCGUCUCGGAAAAGCUGCUCGAAGCGACAGAGCAAGCGGUUCCCAUUAUCCAAGCCCUUACCGCGGACGACGCGACUGCAGACCUCAACCAAGAGGCUGUGGAACAACUCAUGGCAGUGUUCCAGGAUCGUGUAACACAGGCGAUGGCGCAAGAGGCCGCAGCCCGGGCAAGCACCAAGGCGAAAGGGCAGCCGCAGGCUCCCGAGCAGAGGCCCGAAACCACCGCAGAGCCGGAGUUUUACCGCAUAUCGGACCUUUUUGGGGCCGAUACCUUUGUGGGCAGCCCGUGCCCCGAGCUCGCUGACUAUCGCGAAGCCAUUCUCCUGGAAAGCUUUCGCGCAAACAGCGAGCUCCACGACCCGUUUCUGGGCGAUUCCUCGGACGAUGGUCCCCUGGAAGUUACAACGUCGAGGAAUUGGAUGAUGCCCUCAAGCGGCAAGCCGCCGAGGACGCACAGAAAGAGCCAGACCAAACUUUUGAGCGAGCUCGUCAACAGAUUGCUGCCGACGAGGCACGCAAUCCAGUGCCGCAUUGGCACGGACCGACAGAGCAAGACCGCGAUGAGGAAAAUCGUGCUCAAGCAGACGCCUGGCAACGCCGGCGUGUACCCUCACGGGACCUGGCGAGGGACCGGGGAAGGUACGGGAGACCGACCUUCGCCGGUAGCCAUGGUUGUCCUGGCUCCAGUACCCGACUAUGAGAGACUGGUUAACGGAUGCCUCUGCAGCGCCACGUCUGUUCGCUUCAACAAGCAGGCGAACGAGUGGCCCAACAUUGUGGUGCUGACAGGGGAUCCUGAACACGCGCUCUGGACGCCACCUCUUGAUGCUCUGCUUCGUGGAUUCGUGGACAUCGAGAAGGCCGUCGACGGGCACAAGCCGACGAUAGUCCUGCCUUUCUGUACGUCGAACCGCCGCCGCAGCGUAGCCAUGGGCACGCUUAUCUCGGCGGGGCUCUACGUUCUUGGGAUGGACCAUUUUCUUGGCCAUCUCCAUGCUAACGAGAGCUGGGCUGGCAUGAAGUGCGGCGGCAAGUGCGCCAGAUUGGGCUCGCGACCAUGGACUGGAGAGACCGCCCAAUCCGCGCAGGAGAGGCUUCAAGGCGAGAUUCUGGAGCUCUUGGCCACGCCGAGGUUUCGACGAGGCAAGAUGGGCGAGCGAUCACACCAAGUCGUGGAACUGGUGCCCUUGGAAGCUCUGCAGGCGAUCGGGGAGACGCUCAAUGUGGUGCCAGGAAUCGACGACGAUCCUGAUGAUGCCACGCCCUGGGCAGCCAACCUCUCCUUCCCCGACUUGAUGGACCUCGCGCGGGACCUCAAUGACGCAGGUCAUGAGGAUAAGAAGAGAGACGGCUGGAAAGGCCCCAUGGGCCUAGGUGCAGGUAACACCAGGACCUUGUUGCACAAUGCAAGGUUCUAG